AUGAUGGAACCCAACACGAAAGUGGAGGAAAACAUGGCGACGUUCUUUCAAGACACCCAAACCGGACGCGUCGUUCCACGCAGCAUUUUUAUAGAUUUGGAGGAGUCCGUCAUCGAUGAUAUUCGCAAAGGACCCUGCAAACAGUUGUAUCAUCCGCAGUACAUGAUCACGGGAAAGGAGGAUGCGGCCAAUAACUUCGCCCGUGGACACUAUACCGUUGGCAAACAAAUCAUCGAGCAGGUCUCGGGCACAAUGCGCAAGCUAUCGGAACAGUGUGACGGACUGGAAGGAUUCCUUAUAUUCAACUCCUUUGGCGGUGGCACCGGCUCAGGAUUCACCUCGCUACUGCUCGACCAAAUAGCGACGAAUUACGGUAAAAAAGUGUAA